AUGGCCUCCUCGACUACCAAUUCACGUCGGAGCGCUUCACCACCUCGUACCAGGAUAUAUCACGCCUGUCAGAGCUGUGCGACAUCAAAGGUGAAGUGCGAUGGACUGAGAGCAGAAGGAUGCGCAAGAUGUAGGAGGAGGAAGACGACCUGUUCGCUGGCAGGUCUACCUGGGAUAGAAGAGAUUGGAACAAGGAGGAGAUCAGCGGAAGAUAUCCAGCAUAGAGGGAGGAGAGACGAAUCUCAUCUUCGUCAACCUCUACCUGAUGCUUUCCUAGACCUCCCUACCACGCAAUACCUCGCCUCCGCUUCCCCUGCUCCUACUCGCGAAAUAGACGAGAUGAGACAGCGAAUCCACACGCUCGAAUCAGCUUAUACUGGACUAUUAACUUCUUUACCGACCACCACACCCCGAUCAAAUUCUUCCAGCGAGAUCACCUACAAUCUACCUGUGCCGCUUAUCACCCCACCAGUCACCAAUGUGAACCUUAAUCCUCAACUAUUUUCGGCUAAUCCUACUCCACCCCUUGCCUCAGCACUGUCCGAGGGUAUCUUCAUCCCAUAUAGAAUGUUAGAUAUAGCUGGAUUUCAGAAAUCGUAUACUAUGGAUCCUUCCACCUUGAUCUUUGACGAAAGAACAAGGUGUGCUGUAGAUCCAGAAGGUUAUCCAAAUAUGAUCACCAGAGGUCAUGUCACUCGUUCUCAUGUGGAGAGCAAUUUCCAACUCUUCAAGCACCGUUUCUCCCUCAUCGUUCCUAUGAUCCCAUUCCUGCUCUCCACUCGAUCCAUCCCGUCUCAUCCAUUCAUUGUCCUUGCCGCUCUCGCCUACCUACAGGAUCCCUUGCCAGCCGCAGCAGUAGGUAUGAUCGAAGAAUCAAUCUUAUAUGCCAUAUCGGGUGCGGCAUGUGUUGAAGCUAUACUUGCGUUGUACAUUCUCACUUUCGCACCGUGUAGAUCUGGGUUUGAGAGUAAAGCUGAAGUCGCUAUGGGUGAAGAUGGACAUCCGGAAGAUCUAGUGGAAUCGUGGUCUUCAGACAAACUGGAAGAACUGACUUUGUGGGAAGCGGUGAAGAACAGGUACUGUAUUCUUCAGAUGGAAAGUUCGCGGUGUAAGGCUUUACCCACCCUGUAUUCACAUCGAUUCCCCAAACACCCAUCGGAUCACAUCAACCAGUGUAUCUCCCAUCUUAAAAUAGAAGCAAACAUAAUAGAAGGAUGUCGAGAAUUAGUUAAGACAAUUGGGAGGAUAGAGGUUGUAGUCAGAUAUAGCUGGCCGGAGAUUGCUGUUCUCAUGGCGUUGUGGAUCGAAACAAAGAGUCAUUUGGACAGUACAGAGGGCUCUUUGGACGACGAUCAAUGGCUCUUACGUUGUACGGUCGCCUGUCUGACCUAUUCACUAGGCUUUCGACUCGGCUUCGCCUUUUUCAAACCACCCAGUCCCAUUUCUGUCACACAAGUGGAACAAGCCGAAGCAUUGACUGCGCUUUCAUUAAUCCCUCCUUCAAAACACCUAGUCGAGGAAGUUGUCCCUUUCUUAACGUCGAAAAAUAACAUCAGCAAUAAUCAGGAUGGAAAGAUUUCCCAUCUGCCUGCAUUCUUGUUAACGACGAUAACGAUUUGUCUCGCAACUUCAAGGAGAGUAACGAUCUUGACUAAAUUCAGUGUUCCUGAACCUUUGUUCGAGGAAGAUCUAUUGUUGAAACUGAGAAUUUCGUAG